AAUGUUCCAUGUUUAAACAUCGUUCAAAUAACUGUAUGCUUAAUUCGUUUCUUGCCGGUGCGAUUAUUGAUUUUGAAUAAUUCAGACCUAACUCGGAAAUGUUGCCAAAAGUGUUAUAGGCCUAUGUAGUCUACAAUGAAAAAUGGAAAGUUGCUCAUGUUUAUUCUAGUGUGGUGGGGAAGUCAUUUGCUUUUUUUUUUUUUUAGUCGCUUUGAUGUUUCCAACAGUGGUGCUUAUGAGUUAUGUUGCCGUUAGGCUACAACGCAUUAUAUCCCCACUCUCUUUAGGAGCAAUUAAAAUGCGUGCGACUCUACCGGUUCGACCUUGAGUCACAUCUCCACAGCAGCUUUUCAGCAUUGCCUGCCCACGGAUUUCCAGCGUCUCGAUUGUUGAAAAUAGCUUGGCUGCUCCCUGUCGCUAUGGCUAAUUCCUUAGGAACCGGUGGAUCCAGUUUGAUCCAUCCCUCUCUCUUUCGCUCCCUUUACCAACUUGUUGAGUCUUCCCCUCUCUUUGUUCCUGCUGCAGACGUUCACCAUGUAACCGCUCGGUCAUAAUAAGCCGCGUCAGAUGUUUUUUUUUUUUCAAACACUCUGCUGAAGUUGGAGCCCAGUUGAAAGUAGCCUACAUAUCGAUAGGACGACGUCGGUGUCGUUUUUUAAAGUGGAAAACUCGACAGGGAGGAGGGGGCAAGCGCUUUAGAGGCUCUCACACAGCGACAGUCACCUGUAGACUGCAGAUGCGCACCUCCUCAACUUUUGUGCUGCCUUUCUGAACUUGAGCGUUAGAAGUAUUUUUUUAUUUUUAUUUUUUGGUCUUUUUUUUUUCUUCUUCAUCAUCUGAUUGUUACAUGUUGAUCUGGAGAAAAAGUUUCCGUAUCAUCCUGAAACCUCACUGGAUAAAUUAGUACCCCCGAAGAAAUGGAAAUGGAAACUUCCAAAGACUAUUCUGCAAGUAACGGCCAAUGCUCUUCCGGUAAGGAGGACUCGAGAAUGUUAGUGGAUAUGUCAUCACCUAAUGUACCAGCAGUUCCCCAGGGUCCUAAUUCCCCCAAUGAAGUGGCCAUAAAGCAAGAGGAAGAUCUGGUUGAAGAUGGUGACAAAACCUGCCUAGCACCUGAUGAAUUAGGCCACGCCGGAGAUGAGGUAGCAACACCGGAGGAAUCUAUGACUAGCAGCCCACACAAUGCACAGGAUGGGUUGUCUGAGCCAAAUGCACCAUCGGAUGCAGGGAUUCGACAACAAAAUGGUGAUAGGCCUUUCCAGUGCAACCAGUGUGGUGUGUCGUUCACCCAGAAGGGGAACCUGCUGCGACACAUUAAGCUGCACACAGGCGAAAAACCCUUCAAGUGCCCCUUCUGCAGCUAUGCCUGCCGCCGCCGCGAUGCCCUCACUGGUCAUCUUCGUACUCACGCUGUUGGUAAACCACACAAGUGCAACUUCUGUGGACGGAGUUACAAACAACGGACAUCCCUGGAGGAGCACAAAGAGCGGUGCCACAGUUACCUCAGCUUGGAUCCUGGCGCCAACUCAGGCCCUUAUACAGGCGAAGUUCCAAAAGAGGUAAGGGCCAUGGCCGAGCAUGGCAGCAGGCCAACCUUUGAUCGGCCACCUGUCAUCGAAAGACUGCCUACUAACGUUGGCAAGAGGAAGAGCACUACACCUCAAAAAUUUGUUGGAGAAAAGAUUCGCUACAGCUAUCCAGAUAUAGGCUAUCAUGAGAUGCGCCUGAAGUAUGAAAAUCACCCUGAAUUGAUACCACACCACAUGGUGGACCAGGCUAUCAACAAUGCCAUGACAUACUUGGGAUCAGAUACCCUCCGUCCUAUGCUCCACCAUCCUGGCCCAUCUAUGUCUAUGGCUGACGUUGUACCCGUUGUCAAUCCCAUUUACCACCAUGCUGUGCCAUUGGGCCCGCAACCAGAACGUCCAGGAAACUGUGAAACACUUCCACCACAUCCAUCCCAGCCCCAUGAGUUCUCCAGCCAUUCCACUUCAAACGGCUCUACUUCCUUAACUCGGCAGAACAAGCCACCUCAGCCAUCACAGGAUGAAUCAGCAAGCAACAGCGGCAUUGACUCGGCUGACUCGGCUCGAAGCAGCCCUCAGGACAUGCAGAGCUACCUUAACACCAAUGCACCUACAGGCCUCAGGUCACGUGGCAGUCCAGCUUUGGGCUCUGGUGAGCGGCUUAUAGAUCCGUCGCCCAGUAGUGGGACAGGAGUGGGAACGGGGAUGAUGCGAGUGGCAACAGAGCGGUCUGUGGGUCACGAAGGGGUGCGGGUGUUCGCACGAGAGGGCCACGAGCUUCGAGCCUUCCAGUGUGAGCACUGUCGACUGCUCUUUCUGGACCAUGUCAUGUACACCAUCCACAUGGGCUGCCACGGUUACAGAGAUCCCCUGGAGUGCAACAUCUGUGGGCACCGAAGCAAAGACCGCUAUGAGUUCUCCUCGCACAUAGUUCGAGGGGAACACACUUUCCAUUAAAAGGGACACAUCGGAAGCAAUUGGGAAACUAAGGAAAGAAGAUGAGCAUUAACUUGCUAUCCAGUCUUUCCCUGUGAAAGUGCAUAGUUCGUUGGCACUGUAGACAAGUGUAGCACAAUGAAAGACUUCUAUUUAAGCUACUGGUUGUAAAUUGGAGCUGUUGAACAAUCACAUGAAGGUAUGGGCCAAAGACAUAUUUUGUACUCAUUUACAUUACAAAAGUUGUUUCUUUUUCCUCUUUAUUGACUAAUAAUUUGUUUAUCAGCAACUGUACGAAGGUGUUUGCCCGGUUUAUGAUUUUAAUGUUAUAUGGAAAUAUGUUUCAUGGAGCUUUUCAGUUUUAAGGUUUUAUCAGCAGCUAAUGCUGUAUUACGUUGACAUCGUCAUAUACCGUGCAGGCUCAGUUAAAUGUAUAGAAUGAAAACACUUUAGGACAAAUUCAUCCGUGAAUUGCUGAUUUGACUUUACGAAUUAAAGGUAAAAAUACAUGAAAAGAUAUCAUUAAAUUAAAGUUAAAUUAUUAUUGUUAUUUUCAUUUAAUAAAAGUUUGAAGAACUUGGAAGAAAGAAGGGAAGCAUCCGCUCCUCUGGCAAUGCAAUGGGUCAAACUAGUUUUACAAUCAUUUUGUAAUUUCUAAAUUAUACAGUGGACUUUCAAAGUGAUAUAUAUUUUUUUCAUUUAUUUAUUUGACUAUACACACACACA